UAACCUAAAUAAUCGUCAAUAUUAACGCUUGAUAUUUCGAUUCGCGAGGCAGAGCGACACUUUUUACUGCCAGAUUCGUUCGUUUCGUGCGAAAACGCGUCGAAUGAGCUUAAUUUCGUCAAAAUCGGAGAUCGUGGUGAUGUUCUUAACAUUCACUGAUAAAGAGAUUACAAAACGAAAUGAUUUUUGUAUUUUUGUUCACAUUCAAGAUGAACGAAUGAAACAUUUGUUGAAUUCAGUUUAUUCAUCAAGUUCUUUCUAUCCUUUCCUUUUUAUUUAUUUAUUUAUUUUUUCUUUUACUAAAGUAUAAAUUAGAUAAUGAAACCAAUAAGUGUUUUUUAACACUCUAACAACACAAUAUUAUCAUUUUAGUUAAACAUAAAACUUUGAACUUUCCUGGAAAAGUAUGAAAUGAUCAGUUGGAUGACACAAUAUAGAAAGCAAAAAAUAUUUCAAUAACAGUGAAUAAGUAAACGAGUCAAUAAUGAGCCACUCGCAAGAUAUAAUUAAUAUGCCAGAAAUAAUAGAGCUUGUGAAACUUCUUCGUCAAAAUGGUGACGAGAUCUUGAGCGCCUCUAGCAAGCUUUCCUUAUCGACAAAACUGCUGCAUAGUCUCAAUGAGGCAUUCUCGCUGAUUAUAUCAGAAUCCGAAGAUUUGGAUUCUUCGUUUCACGUGUGCAACAGCUCUAAGGUGGAUAUAUUUCGUGAUGUAAAGUUCCUGCAUGAUUUUGUGCAGAAGACUAUAGGUUUGAAAGUGACGCAUUAUUCUUCCGAUGUCAAAGUUACCAUUGACAUCUCCAAGUUUAGACAUUUAAAGUAUUUGGAGCUGAAACAGGUACCUAUCGAAUUAUUAAAGGGUUUACAGAGUGUCAGAGGUCAGUUGGAAAGUAUUGUGUGCGCUGGUAGGAAAGGAGUUUCUACAAUUUAUCAAUUGCUAGCUGCUUGUGGAGGUGAUGCUGGAGUCGGUUUUGUAUGGGCGUCCUUGAGACACUUGGUAUUGCCUCAUAAUGCUCUCAAAUGCUUGGAUGAAUCGUUAGAAUUGGCACCUUGGCUCCAAAUAUUGGAUCUAAGUCAUAAUAUGAUAACUGAUGCUAAGGAAAUAUCUUGUUUAUCAAACUUGAGAUAUGUGAAUCUGGGUUACAAUAAAUUGGUACAAGUACCUAUGUUCAACAAGGCAGUGUUGCAUUCAUUACAAGUAUUGGUGUUGAAAAACAAUUAUAUUGACAAUUUAAUUGGUCUUCAAGGCUUAGAAUGUCUGACAGAAUUAGACUUAUCGUUUAACUGUUUAACGGAACAUUUGGUCUUCUGGCCAUUACGAAGAAUGUCUACCCUAUUGUGGUUAUCCUUGGAAGGAAAUCCUUUAUCGUAUCAUCCGAAACAUCGUAUUCUGACCAUAAAAUAUUUGCAUCCGAGCUUAUCGGAUAGCAAGUUUGUUUUAGAUCAUCUGCCGUUUUCAAAUUCGGAAAAAACGCUCGUCGCAGAAAAUCGGAUCUUUGAAAUAUCCAUGAAUCAAUCGACAUCUCUGACCAGCUCGAUGUCCAUAUAUGCUGAUUCACAUGAAAUUGACGAGGACGUAUUGAAUUGUCGAACAAUAGCGUUACCUGAGAACCUAGAAAAGAAUGUAACGAGGAGUAAAAAGAAGCCAAACGUUAAAGAAGCGAUCAUUAACGAGAUUGAUCAAGAGAGAGGGGAAUUUAAUAAACUACCCGACGUGGUAGCAUCUUCUCACUUAGAGUCAUCAAAGGAUUAUUUAGAGACGAAGAAACGCAUCUUGGACUUACGAGAAAAAUUUGGCGAGAAUAAUUGGUUAAGCAGUCGUGCAGGAACUUUCGUCCAGGACAUAAUGGGUCUUCAUUCUGCUUCACAAUUUCCAGAAUCGCAAAUAACUAAAAUACAGACUUUGGCUGAUGUCAAUACAGCAACGUCUCUUCACAAUACUCUAAUUUACACAAUGGAUAACGGAAAAUCUAACGAGACCGAGACACAAGAAAUCGUAGAAUACGCGGAAAACGAUAAAGAGAUUUCUCAGAAUGAGGUUUCGGACAAUCUUCCAGAGAUAUACGCUGCUCCUAUGAUCGUAUAUGAUCCUAAUGAAGAGGCUGGAGAUUUAUAUAUCGUUCAAAAAAGAAAAAAUGAAGGUGAACUGGAGAAUGUUUUUCUGGUGAUAACCUCCGAAGAUAUUAAAGAAAGAGAUGCGAUUACUGGAAAAAUAAAAUUUUGUUGGUCGACAAAUUCUCUAUUGUCUUGCGUCUUAGGCAGAAGUGAUCCACCCACAGUUGACAUUAUUUUUGACACUACUAGGAAAGAUAGAGAGAACAGGCGAUAUUUUGCGCAACCAGAAGAUGCAAAGAAAAUUGUGAAAACAAUUAACGAACGAAUAGAGAUGCGGCCGAUAUUGCUGAAGGUUUUCAAAUGCAUGAAAUGCUCGACACAAUUCUCGCAAGAUCCGGAAUUAUGCGUGACACUUGCUGUUAAAUCGAUGACAGGUGCGAAACAUCUCAAGUGCCCUACUUGCGACAGCAGCUUAGUCAUUGAAAUAGAAACUUCAUCUAACGUAGAUAAUCAGAUUGUAAAAAAUCAGCUAACAGAGAAUUCAAUGAAACUCAACCUGGCGCAUUCCGAGUCAUUCUCCAGUAUCGGUGGAAUGGAGGGUGGAGCUAAAUCCGUUACCACUUCUCUGAUGCACUCCGACUCUCACACCCAAGCUCAAGUCUGCUGUUCAGCGACGAGUUUAGAAGAGUCGAGGGAGUCAACACCGUCUACAAAUGUCUUGACGAAGAAAUAUGAGAGUGACAUAGAAAUACUCAGUAAUCCAAGUCAGAGCAGUAUCGAAGUUUUAGAUGAAACGUUAAAGACAAAUGUCACACCAAGUCGAAAACGUUCAACGGAGGAAAAGCGUACCGCGAUCGCCCCUUCCUUAAUAACAAUACCAGAUGCAACGCCAGUCAUGACAGGCCUGACGGAAAGUAGCUCUUCGGGGAAAUUAAACUUGACUAUCUGGAAAAGAAAAAAAUAUGUACUAAGGAUUUUUAUAAUGUGUUACACUUACUUUAUUGGCUCGUUAACGGACAGCAUAUGCACAGCAUAUGAAAAUAAAAUGGUUAAAUCGAACAUUGAUGCAAAAUCUCAUAGCAGCGAUGGCGAAAAAGAAACUGCGUUUGCUCCCAUGACGAAUUUAACAUCGAUGUUAGGAGACUUGCUACAAAGCAUCAAGAUUGGCAGCAAAACCUUGAAGGGUGAAGAGGCGUCAAACUUUUUUGGCAGUAACGUACAAUAUUCCUACAGUGAUUUUAGCAGUAUAGAUCACAGAAUCAAACUGCAUAUCAUUCUAAACGUAUUCGAGCACGAAAACGAAGAGCUCGUGCUUCUUCUCAAGGCAGAGAUUUUGAUGCAUUCUAUGCAAGAGACAUUUUCUGGAUGUUUAGUAUUAUCUACGUCCAAGGUUUAUGUUCUCAGAAUCGACGGGCCGGAAGGGGAGGAUCCACAGCGUUGGCUUCACAAGGAAGUUAGUUGGACGACGGACAGAUUGCGAUCUUUCGUGCCGCUACCAUUUAAACAGGGUGUUUUGAUCGAAUUACAACAGCCUGGUAAAACCGUUGAGGAACAUCUCGCCAUCACUCUGCUCUGUAUUCUGCAAGAUUUUCAAAGAACGUCAAAUUUUUUAUUUUAUAUUACAGAUUUGCAGUUGCCUGCAAGCUGCGAAGUGGAAUUCACUAUUCCAGAACGUUAUAGCAUUUUAAUGCACAACGUACUGACAAAUACGGCCAAUUAUCAGAACGGGGACAUCGUAAGAUUACUGGCAAUGUUUUCCUCCGCAAUCUUGAAAUAUCAAAAUGUCACUACUAAACUGAAACUGUCCGGAUUGAUACUGACGGAUGCAAUGCUAGUGAUAUUAAAGGACAAUGUUCAGUGGCUUAUACCAAGCAGUGAUCAAGUACCUUUGAUUGCUAGAGAACAAGCGAUGAGCAAUUUGAUUGGGAUAACGAGAUUGCGGGUCUCGAGGAAAGCUGGACUUUGGAAUUUGUUUCUUCGGGUGCUGUCGAGGCUGUAAUUAGUUCUAUUCAGUCUCCGUGGGAAGAAUUAUUUUCAAUACCUCUGCAAAUAACUACACGCGUAAUGCAGGAUAAUGCCGAGAAAACUUAAACGGUACGCAAAUCAAAUCUCUAGUGAGUCUACAUUAAUUCGAUGAGCUUUUGUUUCUCUUUCUCCCUCCCUCCUUCCCCCUGUCUGUCUCUCUCUCUCUCUCUCUCUCUUGUGUUUAGAAAAUCCGACUAAGAAUAGACUAACAAUAACGACUGCAAAAAAUAAAAACAUGUAAUGCAAACAUGUCUCCUGUGACAAGAAAUUGAUUUAAAAGAGAGAAAGAAAUCCAAAUAUAAAAUUCAAAAUUAAAUAUUUAAAUGUUCAAAGAAUAAAGAUAGCUACUUUAUAAAUGUUUUAUUAAAAAAUGCCGUUUUAAUUGAUAUAUUUUUCUUUCUGCAUUUUUAUGCCAUUCAGAUGUUUUAUAAUGUUUAACAUUGAAUUAAUUAGAAAAGUCUGUGUAGUGUGUGGUUUGCGAUACUUUGGUGAGACUUGAAUAGAUUUUACAUCAUCUAUAGACACAAAGAUGUCUUGAUACAAAAGAAAUAUAAAGAAAUAAUCGACUCUCUACGAGAAAAUAUACAAAAAUUUAAUAAGAAAGAUUCGUUGAAAAAGACGAGAAAAAUGGCAAAACUAGAGCAGACUAGAGCAUCAGAUGUAUAGUUCUCGAUGGUGCUACAAGAAUUGUUAAUUGUAAAUAUUUCCUCCUAAAUUACCUUUCUUUGUAUUGAUUUUUAAGCCAAAGUUUCUCCGUUAUGUUAUAUGUACAUGCAAUCUUUUUUGUAUAAAUUUUUCAACUUGUACAUUUGGCAAUUUUAUUGUUAUUAUUUCCGAUAUUAUAAAUGUCCGACUGUGAUAUGUAUAUUUGGAUUUGUUACAAUAAAUACAAAACUCAGGUAUUUUAUUGUAGAUAUAUAUCGUGAGAAUAUUGUAAUUUAUAUUUUGUAACAAAGCAUAUAAAUAAAUAUAAUUAUAAUCUUAA